AUGGUCACAACCGCUUUCUUCUCCCGCGCUCGCAGGUCGGCGGUGCAUGCGCCAAACAAGAUACGCGGCUUCCUUGCUUUACCCGGAGAGAUCAGAAAUCAGAUUUACAACUACUACUUUGAGUCGGAGCGCCGCUGUGAGAUUGUCGGUAAUGGAGCCCAAUUUACACAGCGAUCGCCGCAAACCGUCAAGCUGUCAUUGAAUCUUGCUCUUGCGAAAGAUACCACCCCGGCGCAUAAAUCUGAGGCAAAUAUUAUUCCUCCUACCGCGGUCCGCUUCCCAAGACCCCUUGGUAAGUACAAUGCUGUCCGGGGAUUAUGCACGAAUUGGCAGGGUUCGCUGCAUGCCCUGAGUCUUGUAUGCAAGCAAAUCUACUCGGAGACAGCAACCUUCCUAUACCAGAAGACAGUCUUUGUGUUCAACGCGCCAAAGCGCAUGGUCAAUUUCUUCAGAUUCGCCUCCAGCGUUGGAAUUGAGAACAUCACCAUAUUGCAUCUCCACUACAACACCUAUGGUCACCCUCAUAGAACCGAUUUCCGAAUCUGGCAAGAAAAGCACAGCCAGAGUUGGUAA